AUGGCGGUUCUCCUAGUGGCCUUAGCUGAUCGGAAAGAUGAGAAGGGAUGUGGUGAAUGGAAGAAGAAAUUGACCAACUUCCAACCGAAAACUACCUUCCAUCUGUGGCCAUUGAAGAAGCCUUGUUUCAGAAAAAAGUUAGUGUUUUUUCUCAAAUCCCGAAAUGUCGAGCUUGGAAGAACCCCUUGCACUAGUGGAGAGGAGACUGGAUUUGGUUCUUGCUGGAUUGAAGGAAAGAAUUGGGGAUCAUCCAAUAGCUACAAGGAAGAUUUGAAAGAAUACAGGAGAGAAGCUUUCAUUUGGAGACACCAUACAAGAGAGAUAACACACAAUGAUUUCAUCUGGGAAAUCGAAGGAAUGAACCAUGAAACAAAUGGAAAUCGUUCUCAUUCGCGACAUAUACCAAAUCUUCAACAUAGCUCAAUCUCCAAUGAUACAACUCCAAGGGACAUGACAAAUAAGAUUUUUAGGGGCAUGCCAAAGUAUGUGAAGAUAGUGGAAGUUGGUCCAAGGGAUGGGUUACAAAAUGAGAAGAAUCUUGUACCUACAUCUGUGAAGAUAGAAUUAAUUCAUAGGCUUCUUUCUUGUGGAUUAUCAGUUGUUGAGGCCACAAGCUUUGUUUCCCCCAAAUGGGUACCUCAGCUGGCAGAUGCAAAGGAGGUUGUUGAAGCAGUUAAACAUUUGGAAGGUGCAAGAUUGCCAGUAUUGACACCAAAUUUAAAAGGCUUUGAAGCUGCUAUUGCAGCCGGAGCAAAGGAAAUUGCGGUUUUUGCUUCGGCUUCUGAAUCCUUCUCAAAGGCAAACAUUAAUUGUACUAUUGAAGAAAGUCUUAUUCGUUACCGUGAUGUUAUUCAUACUGCAACAAAGCUCUCGAUUCCUGUUCGCGGGUACGUUUCAUGUGUGAUCGGUUGUCCAGUUGAAGGUGCGGUGAGCCCGUCAAAAGUUGCUUAUGUCGCGAAAAAACUUCAUGACAUGGGUUGCUCGGAAAUCUCACUUGGUGAUACAAUUGGGAUCGGUACACCAGGAACUGUGAUACCUAUGCUUGAAGCGGUCAUGGAGGUUGUCCCGAUUGAGAAGCUUGCGGUUCACUUUCACGAUACUUAUGGCCAAUCUCUUCCAAACAUUUUAGUAUCCCUCCAAAUGGGAAUAAGCAUAGUGGAUUCCUCCGUAGCUGGAUUAGGAGGGUGCCCAUAUGCCAAGGGAGCUUCGGGGAAUGUUGCGACAGAAGAUGUGGUGUAUAUGCUUAAUGGCCUUGGAAUCAAAACAAAUGUUGAUUUAACAAAGCUUUUGCAAACCGGGGAGUUCAUUUGCAAGAAUUUGGGCCGCCCCUCGGGAUCAAAAGUUGCAGUUGCCGCUAAAAUAUAAAAUUAUCACGCUAUUAUGUGGUAAUAUAUAUUGGAAUAAUUAUAAAGAAAUGUAUGAAUCUAGUUCACUUUGAUAUGAAAUGAUUUAUAUGACAUUGCUAGUGGUAAGAUGCUUGUUGCCACUAGAUAUAUUUAUUUUUGGUUGUUUGUCUUUCAUUCUACAAAUUUCAUUUAUAGUUAUUUUUAUUUAGUAAAAACUUACAAAAAUAUAAACAAAAGUGCAAAAAUGAUCCCUAUGGUUUGUUAAUUUAUUUGGGUAAGGUCCAAAAACACUUUAUUAGCAAAAAAAUGUUCCUAUUUGGUGGUUUGUUGUGGUUUUGCUCUCUAUUUCGUUAAGUUUAACUUUUUAGCUGUUAAGUUUUGGCAAAUGAUGGAUUUAACCCUAGGGAUCAUUUUUGCAGUUUUAUCUUUUUACCAAACUAUAAUGACUAACUAUACAAAUUUUCUUUUUUCCUUUUAUUGAAUUAUUGUAUAUUGAUUUUUUUUUAAUUAAUUCUUUUUUAUCUUCUUUCUUAUUGUAUUAUUUUUUAUUGGAU